AUGACGGCUGUGCUUCCGCUACUCAGUAUAAGCAAUAAUAGCAACAACAAACAAAUGUGUCCUUCGACACCUUACCAAGAACUCUUAUCAGAAUAUGCCCUCGAUGGGCUUUUUUUGUCACCCAGAUUCCAGUUUACCACCAAGAUUGGCGCUGGAACUUAUGGUUUGAUCUAUGGCAUCCGAGAUGUAAACGCUGGAAAGCAAUAUGCUGUCAAGAUGAUCCUCAAUAAUCCUCCUAUUCGCCAAUGCUUAACCCGUGAUGUUGCAGCCAAUAAAAUCUACAUUAUGAAAAGAAUCCACCAUUAUUUCUCCAUGUGCUAUGAUCAGGAACCACCAGCACAACUUGAUCUCGAAACCAUUCGUCAAAAUGCCGUUCACUGUCCUUUUUUACGAGAAAUAGCAUUGCAGUUGGUGGUGCACGAUCACCCCAAUAUCACCACUUUGCACCAGGUUUUGUCGCUCGGAGACGAGGCGGUAGCCAUCGUCAUGGACUACUAUCCCCAGGGAGAUCUUUUUGGAAACAUCAUCGAAAAGGGUCUAUUUAGUAAUCCUCCUCCUUACCAGAACAGACAAAGACUUAUGGCCAAUGUGAUGCUUCAACUCGUGGAUGCCAUCAACUACUGCCACCAGCAAGGCAUCUACCAUUGUGAUCUCAAGCCAGAAAACAUCAUGGUCCAGUAUAAUCGUGAAUACCGUCGCAGCGAACAAGACUGUGGUCCCAACACCAUUAUCAAUUACGACGAAAUCAGAGUUCUGCUCAUAGAUUUUGGCCUAGCAAUGAACUCGAAUAUCAUCUGUUGCAACGCAUGCCGAGGCUCGUCUUUUUACAUGGCGCCCGAACGUAUUACAAAUUAUAAUACCAAUAAAUUGCUUGCAAAAUUGGUAGAUAUGGACCAAUUUUCCACUCCAGAACCAGAAAAUGAAGACGAAUCAAGUGCAAAGUACCUCCCUACCCUCGCAGGCGAUAUAUGGUCAUUGGGAGUUCUUUUCAUCAACAUAACAUGCUCCCGAAACCCUUGGCCAAUAGCUCUGUUUCUGCCGGAAAAAUCCGCGAACGGAGAAAGCAAAGUUUUCGCAACCUACAUGCUUCAAGACAAACUGGUACUUCAAUCGAUAUUGCCAAUAACCAAGGAAUUCGAUCGAAUUCUUGAAACGAUUUUUCGGCUAGACCCGAACAAACGGAGCGACCUCCCCACCUUGGAAAAAGAGAUCUCCUCCUGCAACCAUUUCGUCACCGAUUGCCCCAUUGGGGUAUGCAGCGUUUAUGCGAAGCAGCACCAGGAUAUGCAUAAAAUUUGUCCGAUCAGAAACCCACAGCUUGCAACCCCGCCGGAAAUAUCUCAAGAUUACGAGUGGCCCGACCACAAGGUGGGGAAACUCAACGGGGCUGAAGCACCCCCUACUACUCCCACGUCAUUGAGUCCUAGUCCAGUACCGAGUAUAAUGUUAAAACAGUGCCCAGACAAGGUACGGCUCUUUGAAUGUGAGGGUCAUGCAUUAUGA